GGUUUGCAGCGUCUCCAGGAGCGAAGGCAACAAGAUGGGAUUAUUGUCGAUUCUCCGUAAACUGAAGAGCACACCGGACCAGGAGGUGCGGAUCCUGCUCCUCGGUUUGGACAACGGAGGAAAGACCACAGUCUUGAAACAGCUGGCCUCAGAGGACAUCAGCCACAUCACCCCCACACAGGGUUUCAACAUCAAAAGUGUCCAGUCUCAGGGAUUCAAGCUAAACGUGUGGGACAUCGGGGGGCAGAGAAAGAUCCGGCCGUACUGGAGGAACUACUUUGAAAACACAGAUGUCCUGAUCUAUGUCAUCGACAGUGCCGACAGGAAGAGGUUUGAGGAGACAGGCCAGGAGUUGGCCGAGCUGUUGGAUGAGGAGAAGUUGAGUGGCGUCCCAGUUUUAAUCUUCGCAAACAAACAGGACCUGCUCACGGCGGCUCCGGCUUCAGAGAUCGCAGAGGGACUCAACCUUCACACCAUCAGGGACAGGAUCUGGCAAAUCCAGUCCUGCUCCGCGCUCACCGGGGAGGGCAUCCAGGACGGGAUGAAUUGGGUUUGCAAAAGCGUCAACUCCAAGAAAAAGUAGCUCCUCCUCUUCCUCAGUGCAGGAGGACCCCCCCACUAUGACUGAGAGCGCCCCCUGGGUCUGAGCUGGAGGGACUGCACUCGAAUGUACCACUACUGCUAAAGCUAAAGCUAAAGCUAACACGACGAACUCUUUAACCCUCCAUGAACUUUUAUUGGUUUAACAAGGGAUUAUCAUUAUUACACUACACUUAAGACCACAGACAGCAGGGAAACAGGUAAAGAUAAAAUACUAAACUAAAUUAAUAAAAUACUUUUACACUACGCAAAAGGAAAGAGGAGAUGUUUUUGUUCAGUUUCUCUCAGUUUAAUAUAGUAAAGAAACAUGAACGUGACCAAAAGUAAUUGUCUCGUCACACCUAAAUCCUCUGUUGUCAAGUUUGUCUCUCAAGAAAAAUUAAACUUUAUUAAAUUUAUUUUAUCAAAGACACUUUCCUAUGGCAUGAAAUUUAAAAA